AUGACAUAUCAAAGCGAUUCGGAGGACGACUUAUUCGUCCACAGUAUGAGCUUGAAAAAAGCACAAGCACUAAUAGAUAACCCUCGUUCUCAUCAAGUUAUUACUCUUGCAAGCUGUGGUAAAAAAGUUGGGGUCUGUGAAGUUGGAGAUCCAGAAGGUUAUCCUGUGCUUUGGCUUACAGGAAACAUGGGUCCAGCAAUAUCAAUCCUUCUAUAUCACAAUCUUGCAAGACGACAUCAUAUCCGUCUAAUUUCGGUGGAUAGACCUGGCUAUAAUGAUAGUGAUGAUAUUUAUUCAAGAUGCGGAGUUCCAGACUUAUUUGAAUUUGCUGAUAUGAUCAACGAAUUGACUCUGAUACUAAGAAUGUGGCAAUUUGGUAUGGCGACUUUUUCGCUGGGCGCCGUUUAUGGCUUAGCUUAUUCACUUAAUUUCCCAGAGAGAAUUAAAGGUCCGAUAUUUACGAUUAGUCCCUGGGUGUCAACUAGUACACCAGGUCAUUUACUUUACUAUAAAGUCGAAAGCAUGAUGAGUACCAUAUCUCCAGGUCGUAGUUAUUUACACAAAAAGAUUUAUCAAAAUGGAUUAUGGAAUUUACAAAAUCGUACUGGUGCACAUAUCGAUGCUAUGGUAGCGUUAGAAAAAGUUGAUUGGGGUUAUAAAUAUGAAGAUACUACGCAUCCGAUUCAAGCUUUUGUAGGUGAACAAGAUGAUAAUGUUCCGUUACAAGCAUGGACGUAUAUGAGUAGCAAAAUGAAUAAUUUAAAAUUAAAUGUUGUUAAGGACGGUGGCCAUUAUUUGUUGUAUAGAAUGGAUUUCAUGGAAGAAUUAUUUACAUCAAUCGAGGCUACGGUCAAUUCAUAA